AUGACCUUUCCCACUGAAAUACUCCGCCUGAUCAUCCAGCAUCUCCUACCUCAAUUGCAUUUGCCAGAAUUGUUGCGUGCGAGAAAAGUGAACAGCUUAUUUGAUGAAGAAAUCAUUAAUUUUCUCUUGAAUGGCGAGGACCUGGAGGAUUUAUUUACAUUCCUAACCAGGUCGGAUCUAGAUUCAUCGCCAUGGGGUACUUUCCCCGAUCGAUUGAAGCGGCUUUAUCUGUAUCGAAAGCUACGGGAGCAUCCGCAAAAACAAUGUGCUUUUACGUGUUUUGUGCAGGAGGUGAUAGAGUAUCAGUUGGGGGAUGCUCCUGCAGAGGAGGAGAGGAUUAAAUUGACUGAGAGUUUGAUUGAUGUUGCAAUAGCGGGGAAAAACGAUCCAUCGACGAUGUUCCAUCCCCUAGUAUGUCAAUAUUGGAUUGAUAAAGUGAACAACAGGUUCAAUGAGCCAAUCGCAAAGUCGAUGCCAAUCAUCUUGGCCUGCAUGGCCAUCUUACGGGGGGAUUGUGCAGAACUGAGCACAGCACUACGGGACGGGCUGGACCCAGAACAGAUAUGUCUACGAUUUGGAGUCAUUCCGAUGGAUGUCGCAGCGCAAAGAGGGAACAGAGGGAUUGCAAAAACUAUGGUGGAGCAUGGAUGUUCCAUGUGGUACACCAUUAUCUAUAGCAUCCCCAUGAGUGCUUUGACCAUGGCUGCGAUAAGUCGAAAUAAAGACGCGCUGGGAGUAUGGCUUGAGCACCAUCAUCAAGAGAACCAUGUUGACCCCGCUAAGCCGUCUUCUUCAUGCAAGCAAGCGUUCAAGAAGUUGGCGCGCAGGGGCGAUGUAGAACUGAUGGAGUUCUUUGUAAAGCGGUAUCCCCGGGUAUUGAAUGAUCUCCUGAAGCCUUUGCAGCUGGCUGUUUGCUUCACACGUUUUGAAGCGGUGCGGUGGCUGUUUGCUCAUCUCAACGCUCCUCUCACACCUGACCAGGGUAGACGAUUGUUGCUCAGCGUCCUGGAUGGCCCCUGCGCCUGGCCGCGAGUAUCACAGAUGGUGCAGCUACUUCUGAAACUUGGGGUUAGUCCAAAUGGAACGACUCGGCAUCGGACACCAUUGCAAAAGGCUGUAGCAGCUCGACAAAAGGAAAUUGCCGAGAUCUUGUUGCAAUAUGGAGCGGAUGUUAAUGAAUUUCAUCCCCGUAGCACGGCGGUGGGCAGACAAACCCCGUUGAUGCUAGCUGUCCGGCAACGGUCUGUGUCUAUGGUUCAGCUGCUUUUGAGAAAUGGCGCAAUCCCAACAUAUACAUGGAAGCGCAAAAGAUACACGGUCCAUGAGAAUAGGAAGCAAGUCCAGAAUCUGGAAAAGGUGUUGAUUGAGCUUGGAUGGGAGGAAGAGGAGGUGAGGAGGCAUGAAGGCUGGGACUACUGGGUGCUCUCGGAAAAGCUGCCGCCAGUGACUCCCAGGCAGGAAAAUAAGUCCGGCAGGCCCAGAAGGGCAUUCCAGCCCCACACGUGA